AUACAAGUACCGUCACGGAAGGCGGUGGUCGAGGGCGAUAUGGAGCAGCGGAGCGGCGGAGAAUCCGCAAUUAUUCAAUCGUGGCCCGUGAAGCUGCGUUUAACGCAUCGCUCUUUCACCGUCACAGACGUUUCGUGCGCGCAGAAGAAGCGGUACAUCCGUAAUCUCGCCGUCGCAUCGUCGCGCAAUCUCGAAAUCACGGAUGUUGGAGAACUCGCGUGUGACGAGAAAUAAUUGCAAUUUAAACUUUUGUGCCAAUUUACGAAUUCUUACAAGUCUACUUUUCAAGUUUCUGAAGUUUAAAUAACAAAAAAGUGCCGUAAUGUUCACGGUGGCAUCAAUAGAUAAAAUCUAUCGAAUGUGAAUAUCUUUGAUCGGGACAAUUUUUGUUUGAUAAAUUCGAGGCAAUGGAUACGACAGAUAAUCGGCGAACGUUCGACCUGGUCGAUUCGAUAGUGUUCAUCGGAAUGUUAGGCGUAUCUGCCCUUGUAGGCGUCUAUCAGUGUUAUGCAUCUAGGAAGAAAGAGGACGCGGUAGGAGAAUAUCUUGUAGGUGGCCAGAAGAUGUCUAUAUUUCCGAUAAGCAUGUCACUGAUAGCAAGCUACGUGUCGGGCAUAGCGAUGCUGGGAUUGCCGGCCGAAAUGUACGUUUACGGCACGCAAUUAUGGUGUGUCGUGAUCGCGGAUAGUUUCGUAUCAGUGACGAUGGCGAUCGUAUACCUGCCAGUUUUUUACGGACUCCAAAUUACAUCAUCUUACGAGUAUCUGGAAUUAAGGUUCAAUCGAGUGGUCAGGCUCAUGGGUUCUUUUAUCUUCAUCAUCAAGAUGCUGCUUUACAUACCGCUGGUGAUAUACGUGCCGGCGCUAGCCUUCAAUCAGGCAACCGGAAUGGACCUUUACACGAUUGCGUUGAUGGUCUGCGCCGUGUGCAUCUUCUACACGACGCUGGGUGGUUUGAAGGCUGUUGUUUGGACGGAUACUAUUCAGACGGUGCUGAUGUUCGGCGCCGUUAUCACCGUUGCCGUACUCGGCACUGGCAGAAUUGGUAGUGUGGCGGAGGUGUGGAGAAGGAAUGUCGACUCGGGGAGAAUUGAGUUCUUCAACAUGAAUCUAGAUCCUACGAUAAGGCACACUUUUUGGGGCGUGGUGGUCGGUAACUAUUUAAAUUGGCUGGCCACGUGCUCGGUGAACCAAGCGAUGGUGCAGCGAUGCCUGGCAAUGCCGAACUUGAGGAAGUCUAAUGUGGCGAUUAUGAUAAUGGCCGUAGGCAUAAUAACUAUUGUCUCAUUAUGUUGCUACACGGGAAUCGUCAUCUACGCAGCCUUUUACGAUUGCGAUCCGGUCACAACGAAGCAAAUAAGAAAGCCUGAUCAGCUGUUACCGUACUUCGUGAUGGAAUUGUCAGAGGCAAUACCCGGCUUACCAGGAUUAUUCGUUUCCGGUGUAUUCAGUGCGGCAUUGAGCACAAUGUCAACCGGAUUGAAUUCCAUGUCGGGCGUAAUCUAUGAAGAUAUGAUCAAGCCGUGUCUCCGUAAGCCAAUUUCCAACGUCGGCGCGAGUCGCAUAAUGAAAGUCACGGUUGUGAUAAUAGGAGCCAUUUGCGUAGGUCUCGUAUUCAUGGUAGAAAAGUUGAGCGGUCUGAUUCAGGCUGGUAAAAGCUUGUCGGGAAUAACCGCUGGACCCUUGCUUGGGAUGUUCACUUUGGGCAUGCUAUUUCCAAUGGCCAACUCUACGGGAGCGCUCGUCGGUGCGCUGGUUAGUCUGAACUUGGUCGCUUGGAUCUCGUUCGGUACGCAAGCGGCGAUCUCCGAUGGAUCAAUUUUUUUCCCGGUAAAACCGGUAUCGGUAGACGGAUGCACCGAAUCAUUGAGAAAUACCGCCGGAAACCUCACAACGAUCAUUGAGACCGCUGUCAGAGAACAACCUUUCUUUCUGUACAGAAUGUCGUAUCUCUGGUAUACGUGGGUGGGCUUUUUAAUUACGAUUCUAGUAGGCCUGCUGGUCUCAUGGUUCACAGGUCCGUCUAAGUACAGUCGCGCGGACAAAAAAUUAUUUACACCCAUUAUACAUGGUCUUCUAAACUCGAGAAAUCCUCAAAAAGCGGUACAUAUAAUUCCACAAUCCUCAAUCAAAAGAAAUCUUAUCACUAAUGAAAUCUUAUCACCUUGUUUUUUUUCUUUUUCUUACAGAAUGAAGCUGAACUCGCAAAAAUGACGAACGAUGUGAACAAUGUAACGCAAGCUUCUUCAAAAUGUUAGCCGUCAUUUCUCUUUUUACUUAGCUAGUUCAGUUGGGCAAAUGUAUACAAUCGUAUACGUCAAAUUUAUAUUCGUGUAUUCAAGUUAAUCCCAAUAUCUCUAGGAUAAAAUUAUAUUUAUUAUUAUAAACUACGACUCGCAAUCGUUUGACGACACGAUGCCGUUGUAUAUGUACGUCGUAAUAUCAAUUUAAUAUAGGGAAACGCAACUAGAUUUUGUGGACCGCAGCAAUUAAAUAUAGAACUAAUAAAAAAUAGAAUUUAUAAAUCUAUAUCAAAUAUAUUAUUAAAGUAAUAUAUUUUACGUAUAUAUACAUGUAUAUCGUUCUGCAUACAUUAAAAUCAAAUUUUGGCACUAUGCGCUUUAAUAAUUCAGUUUAUUUUUCAUUUUUUUCUACGGUUCAAGAUGUCGCAGACCAAAUUGGAAAACUUCAUGGAUCAAAUCUGGCCCGUGAGCUGCCAGUUGCACAUCCCUGACUUAAUGGUUUAAACUACACAAUGCAACGUCAUCGAUCAAUCACAAUACAAAGUGGGAUUAACUUCGAAUACAACUCGUUACACGCGCGAAAAUUAGAAUCUUAUGUAAAUUACUAUAUAAACCUAGGCAGUGAUUCAAAGUUUUACACAUUGUAUAUUGCCUAUUUAAUUAGGCCGACAAUAAUGUACAGAGAGAACAAACCUUGUUAGUCUAAUAUAUCUGCAUAUCUAUUUUUGUUGAAGAA